AUGACGAAACUUCUGCUAAGCGUUUUUGCCAUCUGCAACAUCAUUCUUCAGAUUCGUAGUAUCGAGCUUGAGCAAUGUCCACCUGGAUAUCGUUGUCGAAAAACAAUCACGAAUCCAUUCGUACGUUCAUCUCUACGGCAAGUUGAAGCUAAUUGGAUGAUGGAGAUUUGUCCACCUGGUAUGGCUAGUCCAAAAGGAGCAACUGAAUGUACUCCAUGUGAAAAGGGCUACUACGCUCCAUAUUCAGGAGCAGCAAUUUGCUAUACCUGCCCCAAAGGACAUAUGUGCCCUAAUAGUCACCUGGAACCGGAACCUUGUCCAAUAGGUACUUCUAAUAAUCUGACACAGCAGACAUGUUGCCGUACAUGUCGACCUGGUACAUUCACAAAAGCGAGAGGCAUGCAACAAUGUCAAAACUGUCCUGUCGGUUAUGCAUGCCGAACGAAACCAAAAUUACCUUGUGAGGAACAACCUACGCUUACUACCACAAGCACAACAAGCACAACAUCUAUCUUCCAAUUCACAGCAUCGACUGCUACUUGUCAUAAUAACGUAGCAACACCGUGUACCACUACCACGACUCUCAUCGCCCAAUGCAAAGAAUAUGAAGUUUCAUGGAAUAAUCAUUGCUAUUAUCUUGACGGAUCAGGCGGAGAAUGUAUUCAAGGUUAUAGACGCGCAACCAAUGCCAUUCUAUCAUGUAUAGCAAACCUCUUUGUGGGAAAAUUUUAUCGAAGCAGAGUAUCCGGUAACUGUUGUAUUUGGACUGCGGAUAAAUACCAAUGUUAUGGGUUCGACUCGACACAAUGCAACUUGCCCGGACCAUUUACUACAAAGCCAACAUUCGGAGGUGCGAACUGUUCGAAUGUGCAGAAUGCCGAAGGUGGUCAACUGACAUUCUGUGGAAACUACUGA